GGAUCGUAAAUUUCAGUAGUAAGCGUGGAAAGCAAAAUAUAAGCAUUCCUUUUCCGGGUGUUCUCCUGCUAGCCUAGUGGGGCCCAGCAACCAGAGACCUCGCCCGUGGGGGCACACUCUCCUCUGAUUCGUCCUUCGCCGGCGUGCACCACCACCAUGGCCACCUCCGCCGCCGCAGCCGUCUUCUCGUCGCGCCUACCUCCCCUCCUACAAGGUAACACCCAGAUCGCCUGUGUAUCCUUCCCGCGGCGGUUGCCCCUCGCCGCCACCCUCGCCCUCUCGGUCUCCACCUCCGCCCCCGCCCUGCCGGCGGCGCGGCGGUUGGCGCCGCCGGCGGCCAACCCCAAGUAUCACAACGCGAAGGUGGACGCGGGAGACGAGGACGUGAACGGGGAGGAGCUCCUGCGGCGGUUCACGCGGGAGGUGGCGCGCGCGGGCGUCGUGGAGGAGAUCAGGCGCCGGCGGAGGCACGAGGACGCGCGGGACAGGCGCAAGCGCAAGGCCCGGUCUUUGGCCCGGAGGUUCCGCCGGAGGCACUUCAAGGGUCCAUAUCCAUUUGAUGAUGAGCAGGGGCCGAAGGAGCGGACGAGUGACGAUGAUGAGAAUGACAACUGGGAGCUUCCAGGAGGAGAGUUUCCUUCUUACAGAUGAAUCAACAAACUGCACUUAAUCCAUGUUUUUGGUCUGCCGAAGAGUUUCAGCACUUCAACUCCCGACUUCAGUUCUUUUUUCCCACCAAAUAUUUGAGUUAGUUAUUUGAUGGAAAAUUGGAAAUAGGGCUAGUGGUGCCAAAACAUUUCAAGCUGAUUGGUGACGAAGGCGUAACGGACUUGCAUUCUAGAUGUAAAGCUUUGUCCUGAAUGUUAUGUCUCAAGUGCAGAGCCUCCUGAGUCCUGACUGUGCUGCGAAUACUUGAUCUCUUUUGUUCUUGUGGAUGUAUUGGCUAGGAAAGAGACCAACGGCUGCAGUUCAUAGAAAAAUUCUGAUGCUAAAAACAGGAACUCUGAUGCAGAGAGACAUGAUUUAGCGAUCUAUUACUCGAAAAUUGUGAUCCAACUUCUGUCACUGUUGCAAAUCUGCAAUGCUGGUCCUCAAUCAAACCAGGUUGCAAAUUUUGUUUUGGAUAAGUUAUCACUGAGAAUUAUACUACUGAGCAUCUGCCAGAACUGAACAAAAACGACGUGAAGAAAACGAUGAGAAGGACGAACAGCGAGGAAAGCUUGUGGCCUACUGGCCUCCUCCUAUAUGCCUGUCCAUUUAGCUGAAGUCUAGGGAUGUAAGUGGUACCUAAUAAAUUAUUUUCGGUCACUUAGUUCAUUUUUUUCUUAAUUUAAUCAGGUGAUAGUGAAUCUAUAGUUUAUUUUUUAGUUUUAGAUCAACCAAUGACACAAAAAUACAAAACUUGUAUCUCUACUCCGUCAUAUUUCGGUGUUAGUAUUAGGCGUAUGAUUGGGACUUCUUUGCCGUUGAGUUGGCAGGUAUCAGGGUUGGACACAGGCUCAGUUGCAGAAAGCUCGAACGUCCAGCGCAGGUUGCUUCUGGAACGCAGCAUCCGACUGCCUGACUUUGGACCGACCAGUUCUUCUCUUUUUGCACCAUUCUAUCACUGUCUAACAUUCAAUUUUUACCGGCAUUGGCAACGACGUUUUUUCUUCGUUCUUGUGGAGAUAUUGGACGAAAUUGAAACAAUACAGAGUAGAUUAAUAUUCUC